AUGUGGGUAUGUAACUUGUGCCGAAAACAACAAGAAAUCCUCACAAAAUCAGGAGCCUGGUUCUACAACAGUGGAUCAAAUACACCACAGCAGCCUGAUCAAGAAUGUAUUAGAGGGUUGCGGAACGAGGAAGCACCUCAGGAGAAAAAAGCAAAGCUGCAGGAACAGUCCCAGUACCAAGGACCCUCAGGUGACAUAUCAACACCAGCUUUAGACAAAAAUAGAUCUCAAGUGCUCACAAGACAAGACUCAAUUAAAAAUGGUUCAGGAGUGAAGCACCAGGUUGCAAGUGACACAACUUCAGACAGGAAAAGAAGCCCAUCAGUAUCGAGAGAUCAGAAUAGAAGAUAUGACCAAAGGGACGAGAGAGACGAAUAUUCACAGUAUGCUACAUCAGACAGUGCAAUGCCAAGGUCACCAUCAGAUUAUAUAGAUAGGCGAUCACAGCGUGGGUCUCAGCUCUAUGAAGAACCUGAACUUGGUGACUACAGAGAUUCUAACAGAAGAAGUCACAGACGUUCCAAAGAGUAUUCUGUAGAGGAAGAUCAGGUGCAGAACAGAGAGGAAUAUGAGAGGCAGAGGCGAGAAGAGGAGUACCAGGCACGAUACAGAAGUGAUCCUAAUUUGGCUCGUUAUCCUGUCAAACCACAACCAUAUGAGGAACAAAUGCGUAUCCAUGCUGAAGUAUCCCGAGCACGCCAUGAACGAAGACACAGUGAUGUCUCGUUGGCUAACACUGAACUGGAGGAGUCCCGGAUAUCUAUGCUGAGGAUGGAACGACCGUCAAGGCAAAGAUCUAUAUCUGAGCGCAGAGCUGCCAUGGAAAACCAACGUUCAUAUUCUGUGGAAAGAACUCGAGAGGCUCAGGGACCAAGUCCCAACCGUCAGAGGACAACGAAUCAUAGCCCUCCAACAUCUAGGAGGAGUCCAAUUCCUCUCGAUAGGCCAGACAUGAGGCGCACUGAUUCAUUAAGGAAACAGCACCAUUUGGAUCCCAGUUCUGCUGUACGGAAAACAAAACGUGAAAAAAUGGAAACCAUGUUAAGGAAUGAUUCACUCAGCUCAGAUCAGUCUGAAUCAGUCAGACCUCCACCACCAAAGCCACACAAAACAAAAAAGGGAGGUAAAAUGCGUCAGGUUUCAUUGAGCAGCUCAGAAGAAGAAUUGGCUUCUACUCCAGAAUAUACGAGCUGUGAUGAUGUAGAGAUUGAAAGUGAAAGUGUUAGUGAAAAAGGAGACAUGGAUUACAACUGGGUGGACCAUACGUCUUGGCAUAGCAGUGAGGCAUCCCCAAUGUCUUUGCAUCCUGUGACCUGGCAACCUUCCAAAGAUGGAGACCGUCUAAUUGGACGGAUUUUGUUAAAUAAACGACUAAAAGAUGGAAGCGUGCCUAGAGAUUCAGGAGCAGUGCUUGGGCUGAAGGUCGUAGGAGGAAAGAUGACUGAAACUGGUCGGCUGUGUGCAUUUAUCACCAAAGUAAAAAAAGGAAGUUUAGCUGAUACAGUGGGACAUCUUAGACCAGGCGAUGAAGUGUUAGAAUGGAAUGGAAGGCUAUUGCAAGGAGCCACCUUUGAGGAGGUAUAUAACAUCAUUUUAGAAUCCAAGCCUGAGCCACAAGUGGAGCUUGUCGUUUCAAGGCCGAUUGGGGAUAUUCCCAGAAUACCUGACAGUACACAUGCACAACUGGAGUCCAGUUCUAGUUCAUUUGAAUCUCAAAAAAUGGACCGACCAUCUAUUUCAGUGACUUCUCCCAUGAGUCCUGGCAUGUUGAGGGAUGUUCCACAGUUCUUGUCUGGACAACUUUCAAGCCAAAGCCUUAGUAGAAGAACAACGCCUUAUGUUCCUAGGGUUCAGAUAAAGCUGUGGUAUGACAAGGUUGGUCAUCAGUUGAUAGUCACAAUACUGGGAGCAAAGGAUCUUCCUUCAAGGGAAGAUGGGAGGCCAAGGAAUCCUUAUGUUAAAAUUUACUUUCUUCCAGACAGAAGUGAUAAAAACAAAAGAAGAACAAAAACAGUAAAGAAAACAUUGGAACCCAAAUGGAACCAAACAUUCAUUUAUUCUCCAGUUCAUCGAAGAGAAUUUCGAGAACGAAUGUUGGAGAUUACCCUUUGGGACCAAGCACGAGUUCGUGAGGAAGAAAGUGAAUUUUUAGGAGAGAUUCUUAUUGAGCUAGAGACAGCACUAUUAGACGAUGAACCUCACUGGUACAAACUUCAGACACAUGAUGUUUCCUCAUUGCCACUUCCCCAUCCCUCACCAUAUUUGCCACGCAGACAGCUACAUGGUGAAAGCCCUACACGGAGGUUACAAAAUAAAGGCUUAUAUUCAUAUAAUUCAGGGUCCAAAAGAAUCAGUGAUAGUGAAGUCUCUGACUAUGACUGUGAUGAUGGAAUUGGUGUAGUUUCAGAUUACCGACAUAAUGGAAGAGAUCUUCAGAGUUCAACGUUAUCAGUGCCAGAACAAGUGAUGUCAUCCAAUCACUGCUCUCGGUCAGGGUCCCCUCACCGUACAGAUAGUAUUGGACGGACUAGAUCUUGGUCUCCCAGUGUCCCUCCUCCACAAAGUAGGAAUGUGGAACAGGGACCCCGAGGGACUCGAUCUACUGCUGCACAUUAUAAUACCAUGAACCGAAUGGAUAGACAUCGUGCAAUAGAUGACCACUACUCCUUAGACAGAGAGAGGAGGACUAGGCAGGAGAGAAGAGUGCCUAAUACAUAUUAUGACGACACUACCCAUACUCCUGAAAGGUGGUACAAUGGUGCAAGUUCAUGGGCAGAUCAUGUAGUCAAUGGUUCAGCUGAAAACUAUGGGAAUUGUGAAGCACCAGAUAGACAGCCAUAUCAAAGAUCCAGAUCAACAGAACAGCGUCCUGUGCUAGAGCGGACCAACUCCCGCUCCCGAUCCACAGAGCGUCCUGACUCAAACCUCAUGAGGUCGAUGCCUUCAUUAAUGACUGGAAGAUCUGCCCCUCCUUCACCUGCCUUAUCGAGGUCACAUCCUCGAACUGGGUCUGUCCAAACAAGCCCAUCAAGUACUCCAGUAGCAGGACGAAGGGGCAGGCAGCUACCGCAGCUCCCACCAAAGGGGACAUUGGAAAGAAACAAUGGAGACAAGGAGAUAGAACCUUAUGAAGAAGUUACAUGGGAGGACCAGCAGAAAAAGGUGAAUGGUACAAUAACUGAUGACAAACCAUUGCCGAAAAAGAAACACCAUUCUGAGCCAG